GCACCGGGAAGGGGGGGAUACCCGGCCCCAAGUAUUGAUUGCUGGAGCUGCCCCCUGGCUCUGAAUAUUGCCGGUGCCGUGGACAUGGAACUCGCUGCCUAUGUAUCAGCUGCUGGGCUGCAGAAUGAUGUCCAUGUUUCGCUCCAGUUCAUCCCAGCCUCCCAUGGGACAGGGGAGAGAAAUGGCUGCAGAGGAGUCAGUCCAGGGGCCGGUAACCUUCGAGGAGGUGGCUGUGUAUUUCACCAGGGAAGAAUGGGCUCUGCUGGACCCCACUCAGAGAGCCCUCUACUGGGAUGUCAUGCAGGAGAACUAUGAGAACGUGACCUUGCUGGGGUUUCUGGUUUCCAAAUCUGAUGUGAUCUCCCAGCUGGAACAAGGGGAAGAGCCCUGGGUCCCAGACCUCCAGGAUUCAGAGGAAAGAGAGAUCCUGAGAGCUCCCUGCACAGAUGAGGAAACAUUAAACCAACUCAGAAUCUCAGGUGAUGCAAUGGUAUAUGAGAAAGAGGAGCAGAAUUCUCAGGAGGAAAAUGUUGAGCAAGUGGAUAAACACAGAGCAUUGUCUCAAAGAUCAAAAAGGAAUGUGUCCAGGAGUUAUGAGAAGGCAAAAUCCUGUGAGAUACAGCACAGACCAGAAAGAGAGCAAGGACACCAGCCAGGGGAGAAAAUGGGUAAAUUUAUUUCCUGUUGGGGAACUCAGAAGAGUGUCAAGGAAACCACAACACAGCAGGAAAUCCUCAUGGGAAAGAGGAAAAAUACAUGCAGCGAGUGUGGAAAAUGCUUCACUCAAAGAUCAUCCCUUUCUGUACAUCAGGGAAUCCACACAGGGGAGAGGCCCUAUGAAUGCCAUGAGUGUGGGAAAAACUUCACUAGCAACUCCAACCUUUCUAAACAUCAGAGAAUCCACACAGGGGAGAAGCCCUAUGAAUGCCGUGAGUGUGGGAAAACCUUCACUCAAAGAUCAGCCCUUUCUAGCCAGCAGAGAAUCCACACAGGGGAGAAGCCCUAUGAAUGCCGUGAGUGUGGGAAAAACUUCAUUAGCAUCUCAGCCCUUUCUAGCCAUCAGAGAAUGCACACAGGGGAGAAGCCCUAUGAAUGCCGUGAGUGUGGGAAAACCUUCACUCAAAGAUCAGCCCUUUCUAACCAUCAGAGAAUCCACACAGGGGAGAGGCCCUAUGAAUGCUGUGAGUGUGGGAAAAACUUCACUUACAGAUCAAUCCUUUCUAAACAUCGGAGAAUCCACACGGGGGAGAGGCCCUACGAAUGCCAUGAGUGUGGGAAAAACUUCAUUACCAGCUCAGCCCUUUCUUACCAUCAGAGAAUCCACACAGGGGAGAGGCCUGAGGAACCACCUGAUCAUUUUGCGGUGAACUGGAAACCUACUUUCGUCGUCUCUUGA